AUGGGCUCUUCUAGAAUGAGCAGGGGUGAUGAUUCGGAGGAGACUUUGGUCACCGCCAAUCCAACCCCUAAAAUUGUUCCCACUACUGUUUCAUCAUCUGAUCCUAAUCACCUGAAUCUAACAUCUCUCCAAAUCACCACCCACAAAUUGAACGGAAAAAAUUUCCUGCAAUGGUCAAGAUCGAUUCAAAUGGUCAUUUGCAGAAAAGGUAAGAUUGGCUAUCUCGAUAGGAGCAUUGUCAAACCUGAUGCCAAUGAUCCAAAGUUUCAAUCGUGGGAUAUUCAAAAUUCCAUGGUUAUGGCAUGGCUUAUUCAUUCCAUGGAAGACACCAUUGGUGAGACUUACCUGUUUUAUCCUAUUGCUAAAGGCAUAUGGGAUGCAGUCAACCUCGCUUACUCAGAUUUCAUGGAUACAUCUCAGAUAUAUGAGCUUCGUAACCGUGCUCGAAAUUUGCGGCAAGGAGAACUGGAUGUCACACAGUAUUUCAAUGCCUUGAUUAAGUUAUGGCAGGAAAUGGAUCUUUUUCAAUCCUAUAAUUGGAAAGAUCCGGAAGACGCAGUUCUUUACAAACAAAUGCUGGCAAGAGAGCGAAUCUAUGAUUUUCUUACUGGGUUAAACCAGGAUCUUGACGAGGUUCGGGGUCGUCUUCUCGGUACCAAACUAAUAGUACCAAUCGACCGAAAAAGAGUGAUGCUGAAAAAUGCCUCCACUAUAAUUUCAACCCCUGAGGAUGCUGCCCUAGUCGUUCAUCAACCUAAAAACACUACCUUGGUCACUCAUCAACCUGAAAAUAGGUCUGACCAGCACCAACGACAUGGGAAGAAAAAUUCAGUCUGGUGCGAGCACUGCCAGAGACCUUACCACACAAAGGCAACAUGUUGGAAACUUCACGGGAAGCCUGCAAACUGGAGUCCAUGA